AUGGGAUCAGUUCUCAGCCUUUUGGUAAUUGGUGCUGUACGUUUUGUACCAGUUGGAUUUUGUACAUAUAUAUUUGGUUAUACAAUAUCUGCUUAUUCAUUAUUGAUGAUUUUUUUAAUUGUUCGUCUAUGGAUUCAUAUUAUGAGUUUGAAAUAUGCAUAUUGGUGGAAAAAUGAUGUAUUCAACCAAAGUCAUUUAUUAAGCCAUGUAACAUUUACAAUUAUCCUAUGCAUUUGUUUAUUUAUUUUAAUAUGCAUCAUUUGUUUAAAUUCAUCAUUGAGAAAUUCAACAAGUCAAUGGCAAAGUACAAUACAAUUUAUUGUUGAAGCAUUAUUUGUAUUAUUAUCAGAUUGUUUAACUGAAUUAUAUGGAUUCAUAAUUAUUAUGUUAAUCAUAAUAAUGAUAGGAAAUAGUUUAUUAUGCUUUCUAUCUGUAUAUAGUUUAUUACAUAUAUUUGCUAUGGUUGAACCAAUUCGAUUGAAAUUUACUGGAUGUUUGGAUUUUCGACAAAUCGGUUGGAUUCAGUAUGGAUUUUUACCUGUAUAUUUAUUAUAUUGUAUAUGGAUUAUUCGUUUUUAUUCAAGUUUUUGUCAAAUCUUUACAACAAUAUUCAUUUCUAAUUGGUAUCGUUCAAGUGAAUCUACAUACAAAUUGAAAACAAUCAAUCUUAUCAUUCAAAUUUUUCAUACAAUUUUAUAUCAAUUUAUUGGAAGUUUAAGUUUAGCCUCUUUAUUAAGUUAUAUUACAUGGCCAUUACUUCAAUUAUUAUGUUUAUACAGAAUUAUUAAUUAUAUAAUAAAACAUAAAAAAGUAUCCAUUUUAAAAUCUACAUCGAAAUGGGAACAGAAAUUACAAAAUUUCGAAUGGCAAAUUCAUCAUUUAGAUUGUAAUGUGUUUACAUUAAUUAUUAUUGAAAAACAAUCAUUUUACAAAUCAUGGAAACAAUUAAAUUCUAGUUUAGUAACUAUUCAAUCAUUAAAUAAUAUAAUAGAAUUAAUUCGAUGGUCAGAAGUUUUAUUAACAUUAGCUAAAUUAGCUAGUUCAGCGAUAGCAACAAUGUUUGGAUUAAUUUAUUUCUCUCUGAGACCGCCAACAUUAAUUGCAUUUCCUAUCAUAGCAAUUAUCUCAUUUGUAUUUUGUUAUUUUAUUUCAAGUGUUAUACUUGCCACUUUACAACAUAUACUAUCUACAAUUGUAAUUUGUUAUUGUUUACAAGAAUGUAAAUUUGCUGAAGAUGAACUAUUUGGUCGUGAAUCUAAAUUUAUUUUUCGGCAUGAAAAUUUCAAGUGUCAUUUGGUCAAAUUGUUAAAUACCACCAAUUCAAAGCCUAAUACAUUACGUAAUGGAUGUAUAACAGAUAAAUUUCAUAAUCAAUUAUCUGAUUCUUUUCAAAAUUAUCGAAAUCUUGAUAUACAAUGGAUAGAGAAUUCAGAGGAUGAUUAUAGUGUAAAAGGAUUUACAUUGAAUCCUCCAUUACCAAAGAAAAAAAUCAUUUGUAUACAAUAA